UGUCAAUUCUGCUGAAGAGAGAAGUUACUGGCACUGGCAAUCACUCUAAAUUGUAGUUGUCAGCUUGAGUGGCGCCUUGCUGGUCCUCUUCUGGCGUACUGCGCUAGUCAAGUCUACUUCUGCCGUUGUUGCAGUCUGGAGGGCUGCUCUGUGUAAGGAAGGCUGCUCUGUGUGUCACAAACCUGUGUCUAGCGACUCUGUUCUUGCCUUCAGAGGCAGGGCACCAGAUUCCAAACGCUGGGGAUGUGAGAGAGGGGAGUAGGAAAGCGGAGGGUUUGCAUUCAGGGGAGGGCCAAGCAGAUUCCUUCUCUGGAGAACUUGAUAGAGAAGGGUCUCACCAUUGGCGAGGAGCAGUACACAGCAAUGAAAGUUGAGAAGAUGUGCAACCUGGACUAGCCAGUGGCACCUGACAGUGCUCCUUUGGCUGCAUUCCCGUUCAUGAAUGUGCCUCUUCAUGUGCAAACUUCCACAGCUAGCUGCAAGUAGGGUCCAAACACAGAACACUCUGGGACACAAAUGCGCGUCACGUAAAUCCGAAAGGUCCAAGCAGAGAAACCUUACUGCACACCUGUGAUCUAAAGCAUAGUUAGGACUGUUGAAAACAUGGUCCGGUAGAAUCACACUCUGGUCGGAUGAUCUUUCAGAGAAGCAGCCCAAUCGCGCAGCGUCCCUGUGUCGAUGCGCCCCUCGAAGGGAGGCCGCAAGGGGCGGCGGGCCCCUCGGGGGUGGGGCCCUUCCCACCAGCGCAUCAACUGGCCUGCUGUCGUGUGCUGGCUCCUCGCAGUCCUUGCAGUCACUCUCUUCAUCACUAGUGCCCCUUCAGAAACUCCCACGCUGUCGAGCCAUGAGGGGCCAAUGCGGGUGGAGCACUGGCGGAACGGAAGCACGGUGAUUGUGGGGAGCGUUUCGGCGCCUGUGACUGUGCAGUACGAUGAGGUGCGUGCCGCAACGGGGCGGCCAGAUGGGGAGGCGGUGGACGUGUUUAUGAGCAGCGACCAGCGGGACUUGCGGCCGAUCGUGGUGGUCAUGAACUCGACGCUUGUGCAUACGAGGUACCCUGAACGCCUGUUCUUUCAUCUCAUCCUGCCCCCAGCAUAUGCAGACUACGCUUCCAAAGUCCUCAGCCUCAUCUUCCCCAACACUGCUUUUGGAAUCAACGAGAACGCCGCCGACAUCCACGCCAUCAAGCGGCGGCUCGUGCGCAUCAACGGCACGUACGUGCAGCAGGGCCUGACCAGCCUGUACGCUUACUUCCCGUACUACCUCCCGCACAUCGCUCCCGGCCUGGAGCGGAUAAUUUAUCUGGACACAGACGUCGUCGUCAAAGCGGACAUCACCGAGCUCGCGGACAUGGCGAUGCACGGCUUCCCCUUGGCGGCGGUGGAGGACUGCUCGCAGACGUUCGGCCUGGUGCUCGACUUCCGCAUGCUCGCGCACAUCAAGAAGGACGCGGUCCCCGGGGAGCCCGGCCGCGAGUCGCGCUACGACAAGGGCGCGUGCAGCGUCAACCGGGGCGUCAUGGCGGUGAACGCCAACUUCUGGCUCAUCAAAAACAUCACCGGGCACAUCGAAUGGUGGAUGGAGCACUCGGGGCGCGGCAAGGCGGCGCUCUACAGGUACGGACAGGCACAGCCCCCUUUUCUCCUCGCAGCCAACAAAAAGUACAUGAAGCUGCCGUUAGAGUGGAACGUGCGGGGCCUCGCGCGGGACGAGUUUAUAGGCAAAGAAAAAGAGGGUCUCGCGAAGCUUGGGUACGACAAGGAUUACUUCGACAAGAUAGGGGUCCACGGAAAGAAGCCGUUCGUCUCGCCGUUUGCAGACACGGCUCGCGUGUUGCAUUUUAACGGGCGGCAUAAGCCGUGGAUACGAGGCCGGGAUAGGGAGCCCGGGGAGCAGCCGCCCGCGCUGUGCGGCCAGCAGUUGGUAGAUUGUGCGCAGCUUUGGUGGCAGUAUCUGUCUCCAAAGGCGGAAGAAAUCCUACUUGACUUGGAGAGACGACUAACUUUAUGAUUUUAUCUUGACCAGCUGACGUGGCUAGCGGCAUGAUUCGACCCAACACCAUUACAGCCCAAUUUUGAAGAGG